CAUCAAUUCAAACACAACAAUGCAACAGACAAGUGGCGAGAUGUCAAAAUCGCAUGCAGAGCUUUAAAGCUACUAACAAUAGCAGAGAGACCGCCAUUGCAGAAGAGCACCACAACCGUAAUGUGACCGAACACUUUUCAUAUGAUUUAGUCCUUUCGCAGACAGACGACUGACAGUAGUGCGAGCCAAGAAAUCGAGUGAGACUCCGCCAAUGUAUAAAAUUGACUCGCGUAAAAAAUAGCUAACCAAAUACAUAAAUAUACAAGAAAAAAAAGUAUGAAAAGAAAUCAUUUCUAGACUGCCAUAUAAGGUUAAAUAUUCAAAUGAAGUUAUUCCGAAAUAUUAUUACUUAAGCAAAAAGCGAAAACGUGACAAUCGAAUAGCAAAAAAUGCUGCAUUUCACAAUUAGAAAUGUGUGAAAAUGUAUUGCGAAGUUGGUAAGAAUUGAGUGCAAGUAGGUAAAAGCCGAGGGAAAUUUUCAAGGACUCGUCGGGACAAUCCACAUACACACGCACGCACACAUGCAUUCAAGUUAGAAAAGGUGACAGGCAGCAGCACCCUAUGUGUUCAAAAUAGUGUUAAAAAAGAAGCAAACAAAGCAUAUAAACAGAUUUUUAUUUGUGUACAAUUUUCGUGUAUUUGCGUCCACCAGACAUACUACACAGAAGACGGCAGAGUCAGACGAAAGGUAAAAGUUGCCAAAACAAAGCAAAGUAAAAGACGAAACAACUGACUAAUUGAAAGCGUGCUGCAGGCGAAAGUAGAAGUCGUGAGUGCAAUUGAUAACAAAUUAUCCGACGGAAAUGCACUUCUGGAUAGAUAAACGCUCACAGCAAUGUGGUUUCGGGAGAUCGCGAGUUGCAGCCUCACUCUCCGGUGCCGGCGGAUCCGGUGUGGGUCUCAGUUUUGGCCAUCCACCGCGUCGAAUAAGCGGCGGCAGUGGCAAUAAAGCGAGCAGUAGAAGCAACGUACUGCCAGACUGUCAUCACAGCACUGCCGCCAGCAGCAGCGGCAGUCGUAGCCAUCAAUAUCAGCAGCCGCAAUUGCAACACCAUCAUCAACUGCAGCAGCAACAACAGUAUGCCAAUAACAAUAAUAAUUUCAACAGCGGCAACAAUUGUCAACAAUCAAAUACGCACAGCAGCAAUAAUAGCAAUUAUACAGGUAAUAUUAGCACCGCCAAUGCAACAGCCUCAGGCGCCGCAAUGCAAUCGACCACAUCGGCGACGCUUAAUAACAAUCCCCACCAGUACACCUACCAGCAGACGCAUCAGCAUGGCAGCGCUCCAGUGCAGACUCAUAAUGCGUCUGGCAACAACAAUUUAAUGAACAACAACAACGCCAGCACUUCUACGUCCACGGCCACAGGCAGCGAUGCGCGUGGCAUUACACCGGCAACGCAAGAUUUCAAUCAACGCGCGGGCGCGCUACUACCAAGCACUGCAGACACACCGCAUACACCGCUGUAUCAGCAACAUCUCAAUCAAUGCUAUGAUAUGCGCAGCUAUCAUCAUCCUCAGUUCGGCAAUAUGUCCGUGCGACACUAUCAAUAUUCGGGCAGGAAUUGUAAUGGGCCAACACACGCUAACACAAAUCCCCCGACACAUGCAUAUCGUAAUGGCAAUAACAGCGGCGCAAGAACAAUAGUUGGUCCUGCUCAUUCGCAGCACAUGGACCCAGUGGCAUAUCGGCAGCAACAUGGUUACAGUCACUCUGCGGCAGCGUGCGCUCAGUCGAAUGAGUCUAUAAUGGGCGGUUCCGCGCCCAUUUCCACUAAUACCACGAAUACAGCGAGCUAUGCGGUAGCUAACACAGCGCAUCGGUACAGUUCGGCGGCUUUAAAUAUGCGCACCAGCAAUAUGACGGUAGACGCGAACGGUGGAGACGCUCAGCUGCUACCUUCACACCUUAAAUGUGGCAUGUGUGCGUCGCUAGUGCUGGCUUCCGUCUUUGUGGCGGGCGCAAAAUUUUAUUUCGAUCAUCAGGGUACCGGUUUGGAAGUAUUGAUAUUUUGUGCUUUCUCUGCAACUUUCUUCUUGGCCGCCUGCACCGUUUCACUGUGUCGCGUACCAAAAGGACUAUUGCCAAGCGGACGCAAUGCAGUGUUGGGCGCGCAACAGCAUGCUGAUGCCGAAAGCGCUAUACAUUAUACGCGUCCACCAUACGGCAGACGUGAUAUUGUGAAUGCUGAUGGUAGUAGUGAAUUAGUUGGUUCGGAUGAUAUACAUGGCGCACCUUUGUGUGGCCAGUUACAAUUGAUUGAGGAUUCGGCAAGCGCCGCACCACCACCAUAUCAUAUAGCAAUAUACUUUCCUGAGACAGAGAGCAAUGGAAAGGGCAAAGACGCACCAAUAGAUGACGAAUCACCGCCGCCGUCCUAUGAUAAAAUACUUAUCUAAAUCUAUACAAUGCAUAGUAAUAUAAUAUGGGAAUGUAGUAGAGAGGUACACGUGUUUACGGCCAAAAAAACAUAAUCAGCAUUACUGUUGCAUAGUUGAAAUACGCAUCCUCAUUUUCUCAUAUAAAAAUCGUAAAUAAUUCACAAUACCAUGUCUUACUUCUGAUUAGCAGAUGGACGAACACGAUUUGAUAAAUGGAUUACACAGGGUUUGUCCGGAAAGUAAUAGGACUGAUUUUCUUCCGCCGCGACUGUACUUCGGAGCGUUCGCGCACCGACUGGAUUCGAUAGAAGGCGUUCUUACCUAACGAACAAGCGGCUGAUCAGAUGUCGCCGAGCACCUGGAGAGUCAUUUUAGCGCGACGUGUUUCUGUGAGUGGUGCAAGCCGAAAAUGCAGCGUUCGUUAGAGCAGAGGUACGCGAUCAAAUUCUGUGUGAAACUCGGUAAAUCUGCGACAGAGACGUUUGAUUUGAUCAAGCAGGCUUACCCAGAUGUUACUUUAGCAAGAAGUGGUGCGGUGGCACCACUGAUGAAGACCGUAAGAAUGAGUAAAUCCAAAAUGAAAACGAUGCUCAUUGUCCACCAUGAAUUUUUCCUCCUGGACAAACCGUCAACGCCAAGUUUUCGGGGAAGUCCUCAAGAGACUCAAAUGAAGGACCAAUCGGGUCCAACAAGAAAACGCCCCGGCUCACACCGCCUUUCUUGUGAACAGCUACCUAACCAAGGCCGCAUCUCAAAGCUGCUGCAGCCGCCCUACCAGAUGUUUUUUUGUUUCCUUGCCUGAAAAGACCGAUGAAAGGCAAGCAUUUUGAGAUGUCAGAGGGUAUCUAAGCAGUAUGCAUCUCGGGUCUCAAGGAUUUUCUAGAGAAUGUCUUCCGUGACGUCUUCAAUGCUUUUAUAUCGCGCUGGGAGCUCUGCAUCGUCGCAGAAGGAGCUUAUUUUGAAAGGUUUUAAAGAAUUGUAACGAUUGGUUUAAUAAUUUUUUUUUAAAUCGACUCAGUCGUAUUACUUUCCGCACAAACCCUGUAUGUUAUGAAAGGUAUUGAUGAGUUUUAAACAUUCAAAAUAUCGUGAUUGUUAUUAAAUUACAGUUAUUAAUGCGUGUCAUACCUCUUUUUCAAAGACAUAACAUGAUAUCUAAACAUCUCAAACAUACAUAUUAUAUUUCCAAGCCGGUUAAGCUGCUCACGUCAUCUCUCUCUCUCUAACUACAAACUCUCUAAAAUUACAUAUUUUAUGUAUGCUCAAUAUAAUAUUUUUAUAUACACUUUUUUAUUCAAACUAAACGUCUACACAAUAAUCUAUAAUAAUAUACAUAAAUAUAUAUAUACGAAUGAUCACGUAGCAUAAAUAAUGCAUAAGUUCACAUACAUAUAUCAAUCUAUUCAAAAUAAAAAUUUUAUUAAAAAUUUUAGUAAAGUGAUGAGUUUCUGGAAGGAAUUAUGUACUUCUGUGCAUAUUAUAAGCUCAAAGCUAAAUUUAAUUCAAUUAUCAGAGAUACAAAAAAUUAUGAAUUGAAUAAUAUCCUACGAAAAUAUUUUUAUCAAUUGCAAUCUUUGUGUAGAUAUGUAUGUACAUAUGUAUGUAUAUAUACAUAUAUACAAAAUAAUGCUCAAAGGAGAUAUCUUGGUGGAAAUCUCUAUCUUCAUGCAAUUGAUAUUUGCCAAAUUUAUAAAAAUCAUGAAAUAUUCAAAACAAGAAAUUAAAUAGAAUUUCUAUUUAGAGAUUAAUUAGGUUUGUAAGCAUAGCUUUAAGUAAGACGUUGGAAAACGUCAUAUGAAUACUGCGAUUGAAAAUUUUCUAUAAUUUAAAAAAAGACCUGUCAUUUGGUUCUGUGAUAUGAUAUUUACGAGUAAAACAAAUAAUACAGUAAAACCUAACCCUAAUAAACAUUGAUAUAUCCAAUAAACAUACAUACAUACAUAUAUGUAUGUAUAAUAAAUACACACUAUUGAUACACAAUAUUAUACAAGCAUACUAUAAUAAGCCAUACUUAGCUGGAUACUUAAUUGUACUAUUCAGUUCUUAAAAGUAAAAAAAGACGAGCGCACAGUAAAUAACACUCAUAUGAGUAUAUGUAUGUGUAAUUUCUAGCAUAUAAUAUAGUGACCAUAAGAAUUCAACUUGAAAAAGUUUGUUUGAGAUUAAAUUAUGUUAAAAAAGAGCAAGUAAAUACUCGUAUAUACGAGUAUGUAUGCAUUUGAUUGCGCAUACAUGCAUGCGUAAAUAUAGGCUAAUAAGUAUAUUAUAUACUAUAUAAUUACAUAAUUUAUGAUAUUUAAGAAUGCAUGAGAGUGAAAAUGUUUUAGAAAUGAGUUAUUAAUGAAUGACUUCUAUGAAGGGUCAAUAACCGAAAGUUUUAAUUAUAAAUUCAACAAUAAAAUACCGAA